CUAAACUUUUCUAAAUUAAUUACAAAUUAAGAAUAAGAGAAAGAGUAAAACAUUUUUCUCAUUACUAUCUUAAAAUGGCGGAUACACAUCGCGUCGACCGUACGGAUAGGCACUUCCAAUUUCAGUCGCCGUAUGAAGGUGGCCGAGGUCAUCAGCAGUAUGAAGGUGGUGGCGGUGGCGGUUACGGCAGUGGUUACAAGAGCAUGAUGCCUGAAAGUGGCCCAUCUAGCACCCAAGUAUUGUCCCUUUUGGUUGGAGUCCCUGUGGUGGGUUCGCUGCUUGCCUUGGCUGGUUUACUUCUAGCCGGUUCGGUGAUUGGCUUAAUGGUAGCUCUACCGUUAUUCCUCCUCUUCAGCCCUGUUAUAGUUCCAGCGGCUCUAACCAUCGGGCUAGCCAUGACAGGCUUUUUAGCCUCGGGAAUGUUCGGUCUAACCGGGCUAAGCUCCAUCUCAUGGGUCAUGAACUAUCUUCGUGGGACAAGGAGGACUGUGCCUGAGCAAUUGGAGUAUGCAAAGAGGAGAAUGGCUGACGCUGUUGGUUACGCUGGACAAAAGGGAAAAGAAAUGGGCCAGCACGUGCAGAACAAGGCCCAUGAUGUUAAACAGUAUGAUAUCUCGAAGUCCCACGAUACUACUACUAAGGGUCAUGAAACUCAGGGGAGGACGACGGUUGUAUGAUGAGUUCAUUUCUGUAUGAACGUAUGGUAGUCGUGUAUUUUCACUAUGAUGUCCACUUUCGUGUGUUUUCAAUAUGAUGUUUUUUUUGUUUGGUUUUUUAGUACCAUGUAUGUGUUGUAUCUUUGUAAGCAUGAAAAGAUCCUAAGUGUUGUGGUAAUUAUAUUUCUAAUAAUUUCUCCA